AUGGACGGCAACGGUGAAUGUUCAGAGCCCAAUGUUCUGUUUAAUGCUCUGUUUCGACAUGGAGGAGAGUUUAUUGAUAACAAUGGUGAAACGAUUUAUAGGGGUGGUGUGGAUGGGGAAAUUUUUGUUGAACAUGAUCCAAGUGUAGUUGGGAAUGUCACCCCUAAGUAUGUGUUUGAUUUAGAGGUUAGUGAUGAAGAAUUUAUUGAAGGUUUUAAUGAUAGUGAGGAUGAAAGGACAACUGCCAUUGUUGAUGGGUUUUAUGAUCUUGAUGGUAUUGAUGUAACUGUACCAAUUAGGGAGGGUCCAGUCAUUGCAGGCUUGUUACCAUGUCCAAAGAAGAAGAAAUAUGAUGAUGAGGAUGAAGAGGAAUACCUUAGUGAAGAGCUUAAUAGUUCUGACCCUGAUAACUCAGAAGAUGACAAAAAACUUAAGUUUGAAAAGUUCAAGAAGGAACAACUUACAAAGGACUUUAAGUUUAAGUGGGGCAUGGAGUUCACUUCCCUAGAUGACUUUAGGGAGGCUAUACGUGAGUGGACAGUUUUAAAUGGUAGGGAAAUAACAUUUGUUAAAAAUGAGGGGUAUAGGGUGAGAGUUGAAUGUAAAGCCAAGUGUGGUUUUUUAAUGCUAUGUUCCAAAGUGGGCCACAAGCACACUUAUGCAAUUAAGACUAUAAAGGACACCCACACAUGUGCUAGGGUUUUGGAUAACAAAACUGCAAAUUCAAAGUGGGUGGCCAAGGCAGUUGUUAAGAAAAUGCAGACCUGUGAAAACUUGAGGAUAAGUGAUAUUAUUCAAGAUAUGAGGCAAAAUUAUGGAGUGGGGAUCACUGUGGGCAGGGCAUGGAAAGCAAAAAUGAUAGCAAGACAAAUGAUAGAAGGGGAUGCAGACAAGCAAUAUUCAAACUUGUGGAGGUAUGCAGCUGAAUUGCGCAGGACUAAGUAUGGAGGGCAGUUAUUGAUAGCAGUGGGAAGGGACCCCAAUGAUCAAUAUUUUCCAUUGGCAUUUGGGGUUGUUGAAACAGAAACAAAAGAAUCUUGGAAGUGGUUUAUACAGCUGUUAAUGGAAGAUAUUGGAAUAGAGAAGAGAUAUGUAUUCAUCUCAGACCAGCAAAAGGGUGAUGGCAAUGACUCACAAAGGAAGAAGAAGACUAUUCCUAAGAAGACUAUGAAGAAGACCCCUAAAAAGAAGUCUAUCAAUGACUUGUAG